GAGGCGCUCGGCAAGUUCAACGCCGCGGUUGGCGACCUCCGAUCCUUGACCGCCGUGGCCACCACCGCCGUGGCGAGCGCCUUCGAGCUCUCCGAGCGGUCGAGCUCCGCGCCCGCCAUCGGGGACGAGGGCAUGCCUGACAGUGCCUACCUGAGCUCCCCCACCAUGGCCGCCUCGAUCGGCGGCGCCCUGGCGUACAAACGCAACGACGACUCCGUAAGGUCGGGAGAGGAGGCAGCCUGGAGGGUCCUCGACGAGGCGCAGCUCGAGGGGCCUGGGCCCCAGUCAAACGGCGGCGACUCCGCGAACUCGGCCGUGAGCCUGAGCCCGACGCCACCGUUGCAGCCAGGCGUAGAUGACGCGUUCGAUGGCGAGGGCGAGGACUCGUUCCCAGUGGCGGACUGGGAUCACAGCCCGGGGCAGGUGAAGAAGUGGCGCGUGGAUCAGUCCCACAUCCAUUCGGCGCAGACGGCGGCCGGCAGCUCCGGCUUCGAGAGCCCGUUGCUGUCGUUGCCGGGCUUUGCGCCCAGGAAAGCGGCGCCGCAGUUGCUUCGCGAGUUGACCGCCGGGCUGGAGAGCGACGGCGCCAGCAUCAUCGGUCAGAGCACCCUGUCGCCGGCCGACCCCGCGCCUUGGAGGCAUCGCGCGGCGGAGCACUUCCGUUAG